CUUCAGUCGACCGGUUAGCGUCAACCACCCGGCCGUCCACCCCGUCCCUCCUCCUCCGCUUGCUGGCCAGUGGCUAUAUAUAUAGGCAGCCAUCCAGGAGCUUCUCGCCGGCCUCCGCACAACAAAGCUGCGGCAAAAAACCAUCUGCAGCUAGCUAGGGUCUUGCUCUGCUUGCGUGGCCAUGGACAUCUACAGCGCGGUGUUCGUCUUCUGCGUCUACGCGGUGGGCACGAUGGAGGUGCAGGUGCUCUCUGCCAUGGCCCUGGCGCGCCGGAAGGCCGCCCCGCCGCCGACGGCGUCCAAGCUCGGGCGGAUGCUGGGCAGCUCCCUCUGCGUGUUCGUCGCCACCUACUUCCUGGUGCACGGCACCCUGAGCGUCCUCGCGCCGUGCCACUUCCAGUGCUUCCGUGUGCGGAUCGCUGCUCUCGUCGCCGGCGUCGUGGACCUCGCUGUCACCGCCAGCAUCAUGCCGCGUCCCGUGGAAGGUUAGCUGCAUGCAUGCGGAUGUGCCGGAGGAAGAUGAAGCAUUUCGGUACCUGGAGAGUCACGAACUGGAUUAGAAACUGGCCUGCCUUAUAGUAUAUCCUAAAUAACGAGGGCAUGUGUCGUGUCGUGUGUUAUAUCGUGUCUUUGUGUUGAUCAUGGAUUUCCCCGGUUUUACGUGAAGAUAUUCUGCUUUAUUCAGUACUAGAAGCAUCUGAGGGUUGGAGCUGUCAUGUGAACUGUAUUUCGUGAGCAACUUCUCGAAGGGUUUUAUCUAUGCAUGAUCUUGUAUUGGUUUA